AUGUCUGCGAGCAAAGCUGAGCCUGUCGUCAUUUACGUUGAUCCACAUCAUUUCGAGCCGAACGAUACUGCGUGGGCACAGUGCCAAGACAACUUGUGGCACCGCGUACGCAUCGUGAAGAAAGACGUGAAGUGCGAGACUCAUAAGCCAAAACCAUCGACCGGCCCUCUGGUGGCCUCAUUCAGCGGCCGUCAUCUUGUUGCUCAUACUCAGUACCACGCCCGGUGGCGGCCCGGAGCUGGGCAACCCGAUCGCCCGGGCGUGUUUGCGCAGAUCAAGCGCAAGCUCCUUCCGGAUACCAUUGAGACGAAGCAAUGGCUACUCGAAGAGGUCGGGCUGGAGAACAUUGCUGAGGAUGAUCGUGAAGGAUUGAGUGGAGUCACAUUUGCUCCGAAGGGUUGGCACCCUGGGAUUGAGAAGACGGACAGGCGCCGAGCGCCGUUCUAG